UUUAUACUCACAACACAUCUCAAUUUGGACUGGCCAUGUUUCGGGGCUCAACAGCCAUGUGUGGCCAGUGGCUCCCAUGCUGGACUGUGCAGCUCUAGAUGGGAGCAGCAUCAGGGUGGGGCCAUUCUAACAGAGAAGAGAGCCUGACCUCCUGGUGACAGAGGUCUAGCUUCGAGUGACAGAGAGACUUAACUAGAGGAGCUGCCGUGGGAAUGGAAAUUCAUUUGUACAUGUGAAAAAAAAAAUCCAGAUAAUUAAGAAAAAAAAUUUUCCACUUGUCAAAUUAGAAAUUUUUUCUUUCAUUUCAUAACACUUGGAUAGUGCAUUAAUAGGCUACACAACCUGAAAUAGUUAAUGCAGCUUUCAAAAGUGCUCUGGAAUGAGGACUGAGUGACGGUAUGUAACAUGUGUGACAACAGACUAAAACUUAUGAUCAGCAGUUCAUUUGCAUGCUGUCUUAAGACUUAAACUGCAUUUGGAAUCAAGAGAGGCAGGUGAUGGAAACACUUAUUUCUCAAUCUUAGAUGAACAGCCCUUGUCUUGGUGGAUGCCAUUUGUUACCUUUUGCAACUUUGCUAAAAAUAGCUUUAAAAAUUUCUCCCCAUAUGCCCUUGCAAUUAAACUCCGGUGUGCUGGCCCCAGCCCUUGAAAGGCCUUCUCUCUGACAGGCAAGUGUUGGGUUCCUAGGUGUGUAGGGAAAUGUGAGAAUGAAACCUGCAGCUCCUGCCAGCAGGAAGAUCUGGCCACACCUGCUUUCUGCCUCACAGUGAUGUUGGGAGGCCACCUGAAGGCACCAAAGGGAUGCUGCUCAUCUGUGGUGAAGGUGCCUUCUAAGGCCUUUUUGGUCUGGAAUUUGACCACCUCUUCUUCGCUUCGUGUUUCCUUUGGCAGUGCAGGUCCAGACCUGUCCACCUGGUGUUUUAUUGUCCCUAGACCCCCAGUUAGAGUGUCAUCGUCUCCCUAAGCUGGUGCCUGUGUGUGGGCAAAAUCAGCCUCUCCAGCUCUCUCCUCUCCAUCGUCACAUGAAGAUAAUUCUCUGGUUUUUGAAUGUUAAUAUAUCUAAAACAGAACCCAUCCUUCUCCCUUUGCCCAGUUUCCCAACUGCUGCUGUUUCCCAGACAUCCAGACUUUAAAACCUUGGCUUAUGGUCCAUUCUUCACCCUUUACAACCUAGACCCAAACUGCUGCUGUUUCUGUUGAUUCACUUGCCACAGUGCUUGUUAGAAGUUCACCUUUUCCUUCCAUUUCGCAAGGCUCUGUCUUUACUAAGGCUUCCGUUUCUUAAUAGCUGAGUGACUAUGGCAACCUUUCUCUGAUCUUUCCUUACCCUGGGUGUUUUUGUCUUCUGGUCCAAACUGUACACAGCCGCUCAAAUAAUCUUCCUUAAACAGUAUUUACCAGAUUUCACUCAUUCAAAGAUUCAUGGUUUUUUUCCACAUUUUUGCAUCUCAGAAAUCGGGAUUUGUCUUACAAAUAAGUGGUGUGUCACAGUGUAGUUGGCAGUGCAUUUCCUUUUUGGUAGAAUGUACAAUACUGGAGCAGCUACAACUGAUGAUAUUUCAGGUUCAAUAAAAUGCAGCAUAUUCUGUCAUUUAUGGGGUAUAGAAGAAACAGAAUAAAUCUUGUUGCUUUUGACUGAGACUCAAAUUCCGGGUCUGCAAAUUACCAGUCCUGUGACUGUGGGCAAAUAGCUUGAUCUCUUUGACACAUAGGUGACCCCUCUCUAAAAUGAAUGGGGCAGUGUUUAUCUCCCACGACUGUUAUGAGAAUUGAGUGGGAUAACAGAAAGUGCCUGGCACAUGGAAAGCACUCAACCACUGUUAAUUUCUUUCUGGCUUUCACCUUUUUAAGUCUGUCUUCUGAUCAAGAACCUAGUGUAAUGAAAUUAUUCGUGUGCAUUUUUCUUUUGCCUUCCUGAGCACAGCAAAAGACCUUUGACCAAAGGCAAUUGUCUACCUGAGGGGUGCUUAGUGUCUGGUGCAGAAGGAAUGUGAAUGGGAAGAAUAUUCGGGAAAUACUGUCUCACGUACAAGAAAGGAUUAUGCAGCAAGACCAAAACCUUGCAGGUCAGACUAUUAGCUUGAGAGAAGAUUUCUCUGAAUUCCUAUAAUCACUUCUUUAAGGUAUCAACCAGCAACCAACAGUAUCAGUAGGACUCUGACCCUGUAUAUCCAAUAUGUAGAGAAAAGGGCCCAUUUUGUCCACAGGAUGGGGCCAGGGCCUACCCGCUGUAGUCUCUAGGAGAAUGGUGGAAAGAGACAGAGAGAGGCAGAGCUCGGUAGACUUGCUUCCCCAUUUCUGUGCUUCGGGUUCUGCUUCAGAAAAGGGGAAGUGGGUUAGAUCAGUGAACAUAAGUAGGUAACUAGGUAACACUGAGGGCAACUUGCCUCUGCUCUCUACUUAGGACUCUGGAAAGAGAUUACCUUACGACAAUCGCCCCCUCCCUACCCCUGCCGACAGACCUGGGCAUGGCCACAUCAUGGUCAUGGCAGCAAGAGACCCUGAAGUUUAACUUUCCCAAGGUGCCUUCAGUUACUGUGUGUUACAUAUGCUGAGUUGAGAGCCACUGCUAGUCUCCAUGACAGAAGUGACCUCACAAAAGGCCUGGGGUGAAUAAACUGGAUGGAGCAUGGGCCUAAGGCUUGGGGCUCUCCAUCCACAGCAGGGGAGCUUGGAUUGUGUCGCCUGCAAAACAACCCCGGGGCUCUGACCAAACCGAGAGGGAAAGGUCUGCCCGUGGGUUACAUCUGUCCCAAGCCCAGCCAUGAUGCAGCAACCAGGCAGACAAUGGGCGUCACCUGGAGACUGUGCCCAAGAAUUCCACUUUCCCAUUCAUGAUAUGAAGUCAGCCAGACCUCUUAGGGAGAAGCAGCGAGGGAGUGGGGAAGCCAAGCCUUCUGACAGACUCGACGUCUUGAUCCGAGAGAGAAUAAGCACUUAGUAAAGAAUUCUUGGGAAACAUCAGUUCCAAGUCAUAGAUCUGUACUGGGGAGUUGACGAAGAUGAAUGGGACAGCCCAGAGCUCCAGAAGACCCGCAUGAAGCUGCUGGAGGAUUGUUUGAAAACUUCUGCAGGUCCAUGUUUUGUUGGACUGUUAGGUGAAAAAUAUGGGAACAUCCGAAUCCCUGGAGAAGUGGAAGCCUCAGAAUUUGAAAUGAUUUUGGACGCUGCCAUAGAGGCGAAGCUGGAGACCAAGUUAUUGGAAGAGUGGUACUGUCGUGAUGAGAACUCGGUGCCAGCAGCUUAUUACCUCAGACCCAAAUCGGAAAUGCUGAAAAGCAAUAAAAAUGCGAUGCAGCCUUCCACCAAUGCUGAGAAUGAAAAGACCUGGCAAGAGAUAUCCGAUGAAAUCAAGAAGAUAUUUAAGGCUGCUGUAAAACUGUUACAUGAAAAGGGGAAAAUGAAACACAGCCAAGCUAAGAGGUACCUGUUCUCAGCUAUAGAGGAUGAAUUUGACUUCGCUCUAGGAAAGCAAACGGCAGCAUUCCUCAAGAAGUGUGUGUGCUACAUUAGGAAAAUUGCUAACAUUGAGCGUUUUGUGAAAAUCCCAGAGAUGGGAAAAUACAUGGACAUAACUGGAACAGAACCAAGGAUUAUUCGGGACCCAGAAGCCCAAGAGAAGCUGAUAAAACUCAGGGAUGAAUUUAUUCCUACUAUUGUUGCGUCAUCUAAUCUGAGAGUGUACACUUCUGUUACUCAUUGUGACAUGAAACUAGGCUAUUCCCAAGAAAUAGAAAAUCAUUACAUAGAAGGACUUGGUAAACAAUUUUAUGAGGACAUGAUUGAUAUAAUUCAGGCAACGGUACAACAGAAUUUUGACACUGAGACUGAUACGCUCUAUGAUGAAAUCCUUCAGCAUUCAUCAUUAUGUAAAACGUAUGCCUCCUUCUACGAGUACAAAUGUGAAUCUCUAAACACCGUGUAUAAAUACAUUCUUCCAAGCAAAACCGGGCACAUCAAUCCUCUUAUUAUAUAUGGUGGACCAUGCACUGGAAAGACCCUUCUAUUAGCUGAAGUAGCAAAGAAGGCUUAUGGCUGGCUACAUGAAGACACAGGACCAGAAUCUGACCCAGUCGUAGUCGUGAGAUUUCUAGGAAGCACAGACAUGAGUACUGACCUUAAGACUCUCCUUCUAAGUGUUUGUGAACAGUUGGCAGUUAACUACCGAUGUCUGGUUCAAAACUACCCUAAGAAGAUCCAUGACCUCCGUGACUUAUUUAUAAACCUUUUGAAUGAGUCUUCAUUGCAGAGACCUCUAGUAAUAAUAUUUGACGCUCUAGAACAGCUCUCAGAGAGUGACGAGGCCAGGAAGCUUUGGUGGCUCCCAGCUCACCUUCCCCGCUUCGUACGCAUAGUCAUCUCCACACUGCCCAACAAACAUGGGAUCCUGCAGAAACUAAGGUGCCUUAUCCAUGCAGAGGACAACUACAUCGAGCUGAUCCCCCGGGACAGGAAGAUGUGCAGCCAGGUCCUCAAACACCAGCUGCUGCGGGUCAAAAGGAAGGUCACCUCAGGCCAGCAGAUUUAUGUGAACAAUGCAUUCUCUAAGUGCACACUGCCCAUGUUUGUGAACUUGACCUUCAGGGAGGUGAGACACUGGAGAUCUCACAAAGAUGUCGAUGAGUCCUCCCUCUGUGUCACUGUUCAUGAGAGUAUAGAGCAGCUAUUCUGGUCCUUAGAGAAGAAGUGUGGUCAGAAACUAGUCUGCAGGGCUCUUGGUUACAUCACCAUGGCCAAAAUGGGCUUGAGUGAAAUGGAACUGGAGGACGUGUUGGCCCUAGACAACAGCGUUAUGAAUGAGCUCAAUGAGAACGCCAGGCCCAGCAAUCCCCUGAGAGUACCUUAUUUGUACAUCGCGAGGCUCAAGGAGGGUCUCAGCGGAUACUUAAUAGAAAGACACGUGAAGAAUGUCACUCUUUUGGUCUGGGCCAACAGACACCUGCAGCUCAUAGCUCAGAAGCUGUAUCUGCAGGAUGACAGUGACCUACGUGAAAUGCACACCAUCCUGGCAGAUUAUUUUCUGGGGGUCUGGUCAGGGGGCAGGAGGAAAGCUUUCUGCCUCGAAGAUCCCUACUUGAAUGGCUGCCUUGACUUGGAGAGCAGAAGUCUGCUUGAAGAAGAAAAGCACUUCAUGGAACAAGCUUCCUUUGACAGGCAGGCCCCAGACCAGCCCUGGGUUUUCCAGUGUAAUCCACUGGAGCCUGACAUCUUCUUUGUCAAUCAUCGGAAAAUGUCUGAGCUCUUGCACCACCUGACAAGGUGUGGAAAAACCGACGACCUGCUGUAUGGCAUCAUCAUGAACUUCAGCUGGCUUUACACCAUGAUCAAAAUCGGCCAGUUCGAUAAAGUGCUUUCAGACAUCGAGCUGGCUUACAACUGCUCGCAAGAGAAGGAGCUGAAGUUCCUGGCAAGCACCCUCCGCAGCAUCAAAAACAAGAUCAUUGCCUUUCCUGGCUCCCUUUCAGCAGAGCUCCAGCAAAGACUGCUGCCUGUUGUAAGUUCCCUGCCCAAACUUAGACACCUUCUUUUGGAGUGUGACAAAGACGGGCCCAAAUAUUGCUCCAUUGUGCCAUUACAUUCAUCCAUGGAUGUGACAUAUAGCCCAGAGCGUCUUCCCUUGUCAUCUAGUCACCUGCAUGUCACCGAGAUUCUGCCUACCUGUAACCCCAGUACUGUCCUGACAGCUUUAGAAAACGGGUCCAUCAGCACGUGGGAUGUGGAAACUCGUCAGCUACUCAGGCAGAUCACAACAGCCCAGUCCGUCAUCCUGGGCAUGAAGCUCACCAGUGAUGAAAAGUAUCUUGUGGUGGCUACAACAAAUAAUACCUUGUUGAUUUAUGACAAUGUCAAUUCGUGUCUCCUGUCUGAGGUGGAAAUCAAAGGGACCAAGCAUGGAAGCGGCUCCACCUACAUCAAUGGAUUUACACUGUCGGUCAACCAUGCCCUUGCAUGGCUUGAAGCCAGCAAAGAUGUCACUGUCAUUGAUCUGCUCUACGGAUGGCCCCUUUACCAGUUCCACUGCUGGUAUGAAGUGACCUGUGUCCAGUGCUCCCUGGAUGGCGCAUAUGCGUUCUGUGGACAGUACCUGAACACUACGACCAUAUUUCAUUUAGGAAGUGGAGAAAAGUUAUGUACGGUGACAUCUGAAUUUUCAGGUGGGUUUGUGAAGUUUCUUCUUAUCUUGGACACAGCCCAAGAAAUGGUGAUGGUAGACAGUGAGGGAAGCCUCUCUGUUUGGAAUACUGAGGACAUUACCAACCCCCAGCUGACUGAUGACUUUGACUGCCGAAGAGAAGACAGCGAGGUGGUCAGCAUCGAACUUUCAGAGGACCAAAGUGCCAUUCUGAUCUGUAAAGCCCUCAGCAUUGAGCUCUUAGAUACUGGCAUGUGGAAGGUCGCUGAAAAGUUCAGAGCUAAGCACAAUGAACGAUUUAUAUCUGCCGUGCUGUCCAAAAAUGGAGACUGCAUCAUCGCGACCAUGGAAAAUACCUCAGCCGUGUUUUUUUGGAGGCGGGACACAGGACAGUGUAUGGCAAGCUUACAGGAAAUCUCAGGUACCAUAGUUAAGUUGGUGAAAUCUAGUCACCACAACAUGCUGCUAUCUUUAUCAACCAGUGGUGUUCUUUCUAUUUGGGACAUAGAUAUAAUCACAGCUAUGUCCAACAUAGAUAAGACUGGAAAACCCAUCCAGAGUCUGAUGUUACCUGCCAGAGGGGAAAUCAUUUACUCCCUUGAUGGCUCUGAUUGCGUUCAUAAGUGGAACUUCAGCAGUGGGUUUAUUGAAGCAGUAUUUAAGCAUGAAGGAAUAGUUGAACACUGUGUGUUGACAUCCUCUGGGGACAUAAUGGUGACAUCAGAUGACAAAAGCAGCCAGUAUGUCUGGCACACCAGCAGCGGUGAAAACCUCUUCCGAAUUAAUGGGCAGAGAAUAUCUCAGCUGCUAAUUACACACAAUGACCAGUUUGUGGUCUCUCUCUGUGAGGAAAAUGCUUCCAGGGUUUGGAGACUGGCCACAGGCCACAGGGUCUGCAACAUCCUGACCACUUUGCAGAACGCCUUUAUAACCUCCGCAAAUACCUUCGUGGUGGGAAUGACCAAAAGCAAAGUGCUGGCGGUCAGCCUUUGGACCGGAAGUAUCACCAAGAAAUUUUGCUGUGAAGAUGGCACCACAAUUGUGAAUUUUAAAUUGAUCCCCGACUGCCCUGACAUCAUCGUGUUUAUCACCUCGGCCGAGACAGUAAAUAUCUGGAGUCUGACAGAUGAAGUGAUCUGUCGCCGUGUGCAACUUCCAAACAACUUCUUGAAAAAUCUAGAGGAUUUUGAAAUUUCUCCCAAUGGAAAGCUAGGCAUUAUAGCCAGGGGAGACGAAAAUAUCAACGUGCUGGAUUUACACAGCGGUAAAUUACGGGUGGUUCACGCUUCUGGGGUCAUCUGGCGGCAGAGGUUGUCUCGGGAUGGUCGCUACCUGGUAUAUAUCUGUUUCCGAAAUGGGGAGGAAGAGGAUGAAAAUGGUGUGAUAUCCAGUUUAAUUGUAAUGAGACUGGCUGAUGGUAAAAAUAUCGGUGCUUGCUCCCUUUACAAAACCCCAACUUUUCUUGCCCUCUCACAGAGGCACCUGAACAUCAUUGUGGGUUUUGACGAUGGGAGCAUAGGGAUAUACACGGUCGUGGACCGUGUAGAUGCUGCACUAAAAAUUAAAAUUGCCACUUCAAAUAGCAGACAAAUUUUCAACAAUGCAACACAGACAUCCAGGCCAAAGUGUAAUAGCUACUGUUUUAAAGUGUCUGUGGAUUGCUUAUGGAGAGAGUCCACUGAGGUCUUUGCAAGAGACAGUCCCAUCACAGUGAGUGACUCCACUGAGCCUAAUGAGGCAACGCCCUCCAAGAAACACAAUUCUUGCUAUGACCGGGUGUGCUCUGCCCUGGAAUCCAGGGGCCACAGCUAUGCCCCUGACAACUGACAAAAUGUUUUUCCUGCUCAGCAGAAGUACAUGGUACAUGUACAAAAGAAAAAAAAAGUAUCUUCUGUAUCCCAAAUGAUAAGCUACUCAUUUCUUAAAGGACAGGAAAGAUGCUGGAGUUCCAGUGUUAAUUAUUAACAUGGUCAUGAAAUGUACAGAAAUGUGAAAUUGGUUUUGAGCUUGGUUUUUUGGUCAGAGUUUCUCCAGGAAUGAAGUCUUGACAGAAUUUCUAGAGAUGAUAUUUAAAUGGCUGCAUCACCUGGAAGUUAGAGGAUAGUUUUAAACUAUCUUUGUGGGAAGAAGCAGCGUAAUUUAUUCCAUUGGCUCCGAGGAGAGAGGCUAGAGACCAUCUGGACUGGAAUUAAUUCUGCAGAAAUCGGUUGAAAUCGUGAACACAAGGAGUUGACUUCAGAUGAUUGUGUGGCCAUAAGUAAACACAGCCUUAAUCUUUCCUUACAUUUUAUAAUCCUGACAACUGUGUAAACCCAGUCAGAUGGAAGGUCCAAAGGUGCAAAUUAAUGUAACAAAAAUGCCCAGAGGUACUCCCAGUUUCCCAAGAGAAAGGACGUGAAAUGUGAGGCCAAAAAUGGGCCUGGGACAAGAACUAACUACCACUAUCAUAGGGCUACUGACCACACAGAGUCAGUCUUCAUGAAAAUAUACUUUCAACAGUUGCAUGCGAGGGUUUCUGUAUGACGGAAUAUGUGAUUUCUAAACUAUUUCCUGGGCUGCAAAAGAAGACAUUUAAUAAGAAACCACAAUCUUUUCAUGUCUUUUUGAAAUGCCUGUUUGAGCUGGGUGUAAAGAAGAAUUACAGAAAGGGCAUUGCAAAUGUGGUCAAACACCUGUUAAUCGGUCUCACUGUACUAACAAGAGUCUGUGCUAUUCAGGCAGAUGUAUGGAAGCAUGAAUUACUUCCUAAAACCCUGCAGUAAAUCUUAAUAGAAAGAAAGCUUUCUUGACAUGCCAUCUAUGAAAUACUGAUGACAUUUGCCUUACUCUCAUGCCUCCUCUUUCCUGUGUAAAAGCAGAUGGAUGACCAAAUACUCUGGGACAAACUGAAUAUGCCCGUCUUCGUGCUAAAAUAUUCCAUAAAUCUUAAGGGUGUCCAAAGGUUCUUCGCUGUUCCUCUUUGUAAUCACUUUCUUACUUAUACCCGCUGUACGUAUGUUUCUUUUCUGCUUAAGGACUCUUCGGAGCCUUUUGUGGUCUUAACCAUUUCAAAGCUUCUGCUUCAAAGCUUCAAAGCAGAAGCUUUGAAAUGGGAUUAAAUAUUUUUUUAAAACUACCUAUUUAAAAGAAACUAUUACAUCCCAAAAGGGGAAAGUGAUUUUCUUUCUUCCAUGUCCUCCUCAUGACACACCCCUGGAUAACUUUCCAGAGGGUGUCAUAGUGGUGGUUUGGUUUGGUUGUAUUUGAACUGGCAGCAGCAACUUGAGUAGGCAGGAUAAUGAACAAGGACUGACUUCCUUUCAGAUCUGCCAUGAACUCAUGGCGUAUCCAAAGCCAGAUCUUUAACCUCCCCACUGUAUUGUUUUGUAAAUUGCAAAAUAAAGGUAGUGAUAGCUUCUGCUAUAGCUGAGUAGGGAUGUCGGGGAGCAAUGUGAGAAAAAAAGACAGCGACAUCUUGAUUGUUGAUGAUAAUGGAAAAAACAAAAUGACCUAACCCAUAAGGAAUCCAAGUCCAUUGUAUUUCACUUGGGCAAGCAGUGUGACACAUACACAUUCAAAGAUGUGAUUAAGAUGUAAACACUCUACUCCACGGUAAAAGACUUUUUUUCAGUAUGUUCCUCCUGGUCUAGCUACCAGGCAGGGAGGUGGUAGCCCAGAGAAGGCCCAGUGCUCAUACAGAUCAUCUGGAGUUGACUGUAUGAGUUGAUACUUUUUUAGCUCUUCAAAGGCAACACAUUCUUCUUCCUGUCAAUAUUAGUUGGACCUCUCUGCCACACAUUUCUAUGAAUUAAAUGCCUAGAUGGAUUAAAUGUAGUGUGUGAAUGUUCUAUGUCAAAGCCAAUAGAGUUUCACAAGUGACUUGAACGACUUUUCCUAACUUGUUUGCAACUGAUAGCUCAUAUUGAAUGUUUUUAUGUAAACUUUGUAUCGUGGGGAAGAAUUACCCAAUCAGAGAUUUAUAUUUUCAUAAGUGUUACAUUUAGUUAAAUUUUGUUACAGAGUUGUUACCACUAGAAAAUUAUGGCAGUCUUCAAACAAUGUACAGUCUUGUGUAUGUAUUGUUUGUAUGAAUAAAAGAUAAAUGACUUAGA